CAUCUUUUAGCGGGAUCAUUCCCGUAGCGGAAUGAAGAGCCCAGUAGACAGCCUUUCAUCCCCUCCUCAGUUCUGGAAAGGCAUCGUUGAGGCUAAACAAUGAUCAGCUAUGUGAAAGUACAUAGUGGCGCUGCAUCAACUACAAAAUAUAGUACCUUCUGUGCUCAUUCACAUCUCAACCCUGACUUCUCGGUAUAAUUGUCGAUAUAGCAGCUAGGCCAACUUCGCAUCCAUGGCCAACCCACAGUGUACCACUUGCGGGACUGCCGUUGUCCGCCAGGAUCCAGAACAGCCUCACCCCAACGCCAUGUGGUACAAGAAUCCGCUAUUAGCUGACAUUACCAUUAAAUACGGCGACGACGGUGAAGAAGAGUUUGUCGGUCAUCGUCUUGUUCUUUGCUCAGUGAGUGAGUGGUUUAUGAAGGCAUCCGAAAACUUCAAGGAAGCCAAUGAUCCGGUUAUGAUUCUCAAGGGCGACCAUCCGGAGGGCCUGGAGGCACUUUUUGAGUACGCGUACAAGAAAGAGUAUCUAGAGACAGUUGGAAUUCCAGAUGAGUUGACGGAGCUAAGACAGCGGUUCCGGCAUCGUCUGCAUGUCUUUGCAGUAGCCGAUAAGUAUCAAGUCGAGGGCCUAGCAGCUCUGGCUUAUCGUCAGCUCAAGCAGCUCGUGGAUCUCUUCACUGAACCAAGACGGACCUAUGGUGACGAAGAUGAAACGACAGCACCUGAGUUCUUCAGAUUCAUGUUGAGGCAAGUGUAUCGUGAUAGCGAGCGAUACUUUCCAGCUCUGCGCGACGACCAAAACCAGGCCGAUCAGGCCGCAGAAGGCACUUUCCCGACAGGCCCGUCUGGGACUGAGUGCCCCAACUCCACGUCUUCAGAGAAUGUCCCUGUACACGUUACAUCUCAGCGCCACAACCGUGCGCUGGAAGAAACACCCAACCCUCCGAACCCACAUUCAACCGAGGAUAGAAGUUCACACCACCCUCUCGAUCGUGUCCAAGAUCUUCUAGUUGAGGGAGCCAUCAACGCCUGGGUCAACGCCCAUCCAGACUUCAAUCGUCAACAUCUUGUGCCUCUUGCGCAAAUGUUUCCUGAUUUUGGAACGGAUCUUAUUGUUGCAGUACUAAAGUCGGAUCAGAUAGAAGGCAUCCCCGAGUGCCUUUUUGGAGAUGAGGACUACGAUUAUGGCAGUUAUAUCGAGUGAUUGCGCGCCCGGAUCUUGUGAUACCUAGAUAUCUUACAAUGGAGUUCUUAAGAGAGGUAUGGAGGACGCGUAGCGGAGCCAUCGAAUUCUUGUAGACUCAAAGCGUAUAUAAUUCUGUGAUACUCUGUUUGCAAUGCGACAAAUGUUUCUGAGACUGAUUGCAGUUCGUGUGCCAAGAUGGUAGCAGGGCUACAUGUCGAAAGCGAUGGAGUGAAAGUGAAGUU